ACCACCACUGCUAAAAACAGCUCCGGCUCCCCCUGUGAACCUGGGCCUGAAACAAUGUCUUCCACCGAAAAAACCAUAAAGGACACUUGAUCACCCAAUCCUUGGAAUUAUUUCCAGGAAACGCUUGCAGAACCAUCCGGAGCACCCUUUCCCUGGCAGCGCACAAGGGGACGGCCGGGAGAUGAGCGCAUCUUUGAAUUAUAAGUCUUUUUCUAAAGAGCAGCAGACCAUGGAUAACUUGGAGAAGCAACUCAUCUGUCCUAUCUGCUUAGAGAUGUUCACGAAACCUGUGGUUAUUCUCCCCUGUCAGCAUAACCUGUGUAGGAAAUGUGCCAGUGAUAUUUUCCAGGCUUCUAACCCGUAUUUGCCCACAAGAGGAGGCACCACUGUGGCAUCAGGGGGCCGAUUUCGCUGCCCAUCCUGUAGACACGAAGUGGUCCUGGACAGACAUGGGAUAUAUGGCCUUCAGAGGAACCUGCUGGUGGAAAAUAUCAUUGACAUCUACAAGCAGGAAUCCACCAGACCAGAAAAGAAGUCUGACCAGCCCAUGUGUGAGGAGCAUGAAGAAGAACGCAUCAACAUCUACUGUCUGAACUGUGAAGUGCCCACCUGCUCUCUGUGCAAGGUCUUUGGGGCACACAAGGAUUGCCAGGUGGCACCCCUAACUCAUGUGUUCCAGAGGCAGAAGUCUGAGCUAAGUGAUGGCAUUGCAGUCCUUGUGGGAAGCAAUGAUCGUGUCCAGGGAGUGAUCAGCCAGCUGGAGGACACCUGUAAAACUAUUGAGGAAUGCUGCAGAAAACAGAAGCAGGAACUUUGUGAGAAGUUUGAUUACCUGUAUGGCAUCCUGGAGGAGAGGAAAAAUGAGAUGACCCAAGUCAUUACCCGAACCCAAGAGGAGAAACUGGAACAUGUCCGUGCUUUGAUCAAAAAGUAUUCUGAUCAUUUGGAAAACGUGUCAAAGUUGGUUGAAUCAGGAAUCCAGUUCAUGGAUGAGCCAGAAAUGGCAGUGUUUCUGCAGAAUGCCAAAACCCUGUUACAAAAAAUUUCUGAAGCAUCGAAGGCAUUUCAGAUGGAGAAAAUAGAACAUGGUUAUGAGAACAUGAACCACUUCACAGUCAACCUCAAUAGAGAAGAAAAAGUAAUACGCGAAAUUGAUUUUUACAGAGAAGAUGAAGAUGAAGAAGGAGAAGGGGAAGAAGGAGAAGGAGAAGGAGGAGGAGGAGAAGGAGAAGGGGAGGAGGGAGAAGUGGAAGAGGUAGAAAAUGUUCGAACAGAGUCAUCAGGAGAAGAUGAAAGUCCGGAGAAAGCCUUGGAGCCCUCUCAGCUGGCCUCAGAGCUCCAGGCUGCCCCAGGGGCACUUCUGGUUGCCUCUCCAGAACCACCUCCAGCCCUGCCACCUGUUGCAGAGGCCCCUGUGACACAGGGGGAGGUGGUGCCCACUGGCUCUCAGCAGACCACAGAGUCUGAAACUCCAGUCCCUGCAGCAACGGACACUGCGGAUCCCUUGUUUUACCCUAGUUGGUAUAAAGGCCAAACCCGGAAAACCACCACCAACCCACCUUCCACCCCAGGGAGCGAAGGUCUGGGACACAUAGGGCCUCCUGGUUCUGAGGAUUCGAAUGUGCAGAAGGCAGAAGUGCCGGAAGCUGCAGCCAGUGAGAGGGCAGCAGUGAGUGGUAAGGAAACUAGUUCACCUGCAGCUACUUCUCAGGAGUUAGCAAUCUGCCUAGCACUUUUGGCUUUUCUUAUACUUCACUACAUCUGGCGUCAGAUUCAGUGCUUGAUUUUUACUUUAAUGGAUUGGAUUUGAAGACCCUCCCCUCCAGGUACAGGCUGCAGCUUCAGGGAGUGGGAAUGGAGCUGACUCUGAGCCAGCUCGCCAUGUCUUCUCCUUUUCCUGGUUGAACUCCCUGAAUGAAUGAUGUUCAUUCCAACUGCGGCCCUCUGUCUGCCUGGCUGAGAUGCACACCAGCAGCAGGGAACCUAGAUGAGAUUAAUAUGAUGCAGGUGAUGAAAGGGACCUUUGAACAGGAUUUCUGCAAAAAAACAAACAAACCCCCCCCCCCCCCACAAAACCCUUUAAUUCCAGAUGACUUUCCAGAGGGAAAAUAAUUUUGAGAAAACAGUUGCCGAAAGUAUUGGAAGAAAAAAACUUGAUCUUACGCAAAUAUUUUUCUGUGUGGGAAACAUUAUGAAGAUACGUAGGUGUGAUAUGUGUGUGUGCGUCCAUAACGAGUGGCAAGUGUUGAAAAAGUGUGCAUUACACUCUUGUCUCUAAUAGGCACUGGCUUUUGUUAUGAUAUCAUAGUAGCUGUUACUCUCUUCUUUAACAAUGCAGUUGGUCAGUGAAAUUCAGUGUUAAUUCAGAAGUGACUGAUUUAUCAAUAUAUGGACAAAAGGUAAAUCAUUGACCAAAGAUAUGAAAUAUUUUACAAAGGUUUCCUCUUUUCCAUAACAGAUGUCACUGGAAGCAUAUCCAGAAAUGUUCCUUAACUCUGGUGACACUUUCAUAGUCCAGAAGGCUGAAGGCCUAGGACAUUUCCGGUGAUAUUUUUCUAAUCUUAGUUAGAUAUGCAGAUAUCAAGCACUUAAACUGAAACAGAAUUUCCAGCAGGAACUGUAUACUUGCUUAUGUAUCUACUGAGGCACCAACCUGGUGAACUGCAGAAUAACUGCAUGUAUUUAAAUAUAUAUAUACACACAAUACACAUUUAAAAUACAUAUAUAUUUAAAUCGUGCUUUUUUGUCCCACCAUAAUGCCUCUUUCAAAAUAGUAACAAAUAAGUGUUACUUUAUUCUGUAUGAACUCUUAAAUAAAUGCUGUUUUUAACAACUUA